AUGCAUCCAGAGCUUUCCUGCCAGCUGGCCAGACGCGGAUUGCGCCUGGGCUCCCUGGCGCCGCCAGGGGCGUCAGGCCAGCAGGCGCCAGCCAGGGCCUGGCAGGUCAGUCUGCAGUUGCUGACAGAUGGACUCGGCGAGCGCGACCUGGCCACGCGUGCAAGGGCCAGCCGCAGCUUGCCUUGGGAAUACGGCCUCCGAGUCGGGAGUCAGGGAGAGAGGGGGGGGACGUGGCCUACGGUCAGCUCUCCCGCGCCGGUGCGAGGGGCGACUGGCUGCCAGGUCAAGCAUAUCGUGCUUCACCCGCCCUGGUUUCGUUGA